AAGCCCAAUUAAUAUCGAGGUCUACUAACUUAUUGGGUACAAACACAACAUUCGGAGGGAAGCCCAAAGCUAAUUAGCUGAUAAAGCAUGUUUUGUAGUGGGACCAAUCAUAAUUAGCAGUAGGAUUUCCUACCUAAUUAAGUCGAAUGGAUAACAUUUUAGCUGAAGCGCCGAGCUAAUUAGCCGAUCCCGUGUUUCGCAGUAACCAAUUAGGAUAAGGAUUUUUAGCCGAUAAGCGUGUUUUGUAGCCGGACCGAGUAGGAUAGGUUUGUUACUCUGGAUUCUUUACCUUAUUUGGAUGCAUAUCUUGAGAUUUUCUUUAUAUAGUUUUCCCUUUUAGUAGCUUCAAGCAAGCUUAUGUCUAGCACACUCUCUAAUACACUAGUACCUUUAACUUAGCUUUGUGUUCGCUCCCUUUCGACAGUUUGAGAGAUGGAUACUAGCAUUGUAGCUGCAACGACCAAUCCUAAGGGAAAAUACUGUGCUCUUGCUGUUUGUUGGCUUCUUGGGAUUGGAUGCCUUUUAGCAUGGAACAGUAUGCUCACAAUUGUGGAUUAUUACGCUUAUUUGUUCCCCCGGUAUCAUCCAUCGAAUAUCAUUACCAUAAUUUAUCAGUCAUUUGCUAUUGGAGCACUUAGUGUUCUUGUUCACAAAGAGGCAAGACUCAAUACCCGACGUCGAAAUUUGUUUGGAUACAGUCUCUUUUCCCUUGGCUCUCUUGCUGUCCUAGUGUUAGAUUUAGCUACUUCGGGAAGAGGAGGGAUUGGCUCUUUCAUUGGAGUUUGUGUCAUUAGUGCGGCCUUUGGUCUAGGGGAUGCACAUGUUCUCGGUGGAAUGAUUGGAGAUCUUUCUAUGAUGACACCAAAGUUUCUUCAGUCGUUUCUAGCUGGCUUAGCUGCUUCAGGAGCAUUAACCUCCGGCCUGAGGCUGGUCACAAAAGCAGCAUUCAAAAACUCCAGGGAUGGCCUUCGCAAAGGAGCUAUUUUAUUCUUUGCCGUGUCUGCGUCGUUUGAGUUGGUUUGCGUCCUGUUAUAUGCAUUUGUAUUUCCCAGGAUUCCGAUCGUGAAGUACUACCGGGGAGAGGCUAUCCUCCAAGGAGCGGAAACUGUAGCGGCCGACCUUGCAGCUGGAGGAGGCACCCAAGUGGCACCAACGAACCAGGACGUGGAAGCCCCACGAUAUGUUCGUCGGCUAAACAAAAGAGACUUGAUGCUACUCUACUCAGAUCUUGCAGUUACCUUGUUCUCGGUGUAUGUACUGACGUUUAGCAUUUUCCCUGGAUUUCUAUCGGAGGACACGGGAAAACACAGUUUAGGAGACUGGUAUGCACUAGUGUUGAUAGCAGUGUUCAACGUGUCGGAUUUGGUUGGGAGAUACGUUCCCGUGGUCAAGAAGUUGAAGAUGAAGUCGAGGAGAGGUCUUUUGAUAACAUCAUUGGGACGUCUCUUGUUGAUUCCAGCUUUCAACAUCACAGGCAUAUAUGGAAGCCAAGGCUGGAUGAUUUCCUUGAUGUCCGUUUUAGGAUUUAGCAAUGGAUAUUUGACUGUUUGUGUCAUAACAUCAGCCACACAUGAUUUAUUGGCACCGGAGCAAAAUGCACUAGGAAACUUGUUGGUGUUCUUUAUUUCUGGGGGGAUGUUUGUAGGAGUCGCUUGUGAUUGGCUUUGGUUAAUUGGUAAAGAUUGGUAAGUGUGUUGCCUAUUGUUUGACCAAAUAAAUGUAAUUUCUAAAGUCUCGAAAGAUAAGUAGAGACCAAAAUAUGCACCUUUCAUUUUAAUCAUGUAAGACAUUUAUAUGAUCUUUCAAUAAAGUCCAUUUGACAUUAUCUUUCGAUAAGUCAUUUGGUUAGUACUCCG